AUGGCCUCCAAGCGGAAGGCGUCGGCCAUGGCGACCGAGCCAGAGGAGCCCGUCGACCCAGCCGAUGAGCUCAUGUUCCUCAAUCUUGGAGGCGGCAACGAAGUUGGCCGAUCAUGUCACAUCAUUCAGUACAAGGGGAAAACUGUCAUGCUUGAUGCUGGUCAACAUCCAGCAUAUGAUGGCCUAGCAGCCCUGCCAUUCUUUGAUGACUUUGAUCUCAGCACAGUGGAUGUUCUUUUAAUCAGCCAUUUCCAUAUCGACCAUGCCGCCUCAUUACCAUAUGUCUUGGCCAAGACCAACUUCCGAGGCCGUGUCUUCAUGACACAUGCCACCAAGGCCAUCUACAAAUGGCUUAUCCAAGACAGUGUCCGUGUCGGCAACACAUCGUCAAACCCAACAUCAUCGCUCGUCUACACCGAGGAGGACCAUCUCAAGACCUUUCCAAUGAUCGAGGCCAUCGACUACAACACUACCCACACCAUCUCCUCGAUCCGCAUCACACCAUACCCAGCCGGCCACGUCCUUGGCGCCGCCAUGUUCCUGAUCGAAAUCGCCGGUCUCAAGAUCUUCUUCACCGGCGACUACUCCCGCGAAGAAGACAGACAUCUUAUCUCUGCCGAAGUACCCAAGGGCGUCAAGAUCGACGUCCUCAUUACCGAGUCCACCUACGGCAUCGCCUCGCACAUCCCGCGCGUAGAGCGUGAACAGGCUCUCAUGAAGUCCAUCACCGGCAUUCUCAACCGCGGCGGCCGCGUCCUCAUGCCCGUCUUCGCCCUCGGUCGCGCCCAGGAGCUCCUCCUCAUCCUCGACGAAUACUGGGGCAAGCACGCCGAAUUCCAGAAAUACCCCAUCUACUACGCCUCCAACCUGGCCCGCAAGUGUAUGCUGGUAUACCAGACCUACGUCGGCUCCAUGAACGAUAACAUCAAGCGUCUGUUCCGCGAGCGUCUAGCCGAGUCCGAGUCCUCCGGCGACGGCGCCGGCAAGGGCGGACCGUGGGACUUCAAAUUCAUCCGCUCGCUCAAGAGCAUCGACCGCUUUGAGGAUGUCGGCGGCUGCGUCAUGCUCGCCUCCCCUGGUAUGCUUCAAAACGGCGUCAGCCGCGAGCUGCUGGAGCGGUGGGCGCCGAGCGAGAAGAACGGCGUCAUCAUCACCGGUUACUCGGUCGAGGGGACCAUGGCCAAGCAUAUCAUGCAAGAGCCGGACACGAUCCAGGCCGUCAUGUCGCGCAACAUUGCCGGCGCCCGUCGUGGCCCAGGUGGUGGUGGUGAUGCCGAGAAGGUCAUGAUCCCGCGCCGCUGCACUGUCCAAGAAUUCUCCUUCGCCGCUCACGUUGACGGUGUCGAAAACAGGGAGUUCAUUGAGGAAGUCGCCGCCCCCGUCGUCAUUCUUGUUCACGGCGAAGUGCAUAACAUGAUGCGCCUGAAAUCUAAGCUUCUUUCGCUCAACGCAAACAAGGAACACAAAGUCAAGGUGUUCAGUCCCAAGAACUGUGAGGAGCUGCGCAUCCCUUUCAAGACAGACAAAGUCGCCAAAGUGGUGGGCAAGUUGGCGGCCAUCCCACCGGCACUUAAAGAGGCGAAGAACAGCCAUGAUGGUCCGCUCCCUUCCUCCGAACCUCAACUCAUCACCGGUGUUUUGGUCCAGAACGACUUCAAGAUGUCCCUGAUGGCUCCCGAGGAUCUGAAAGAAUACGCCGGUCUGACAACCACCACUAUUGCCUGCAAGCAGCGUCUACGCUUGAGUGCCGCGGGCAUCGAUCUGAUUAAGUGGGGUCUCGAAAGCACUUUCGGCGGUAUUGAAGAACUUCCCAACGAAGUCAAGGCGAAGCGCGAGCUCGUUAACGUUAAGAGCGAAAACGGCGGCGAUACCAAGAUGGAGGAAGCUGAUGAGGAGCUGCCUCACGGUGAUGAUGUAGUGGCUGCUUACCUCGUCAUGGGCUGCAUUACUGUUCGUUACCGUGCUAGCGGCGAGGUGGAGCUGGAGUGGGAGGGCAAUAUGCUUAAUGAUGGCAUUGCUGACUCUGUGAUGGCUGUGUUGCUGGGUAUUGAGAGUAGUCCUGCUGCUGUGAAGCGCUCGGCCUCCAAAAACCCCCACUCCCACUCCCUCCCCCCCAAAAACCCUCACGCCCACCUCUCCCCCACCGACCGUCUCGACCGUCUCCUCAUGUUCCUCGAAGCCCAAUUCGGCGCCGACCACGUCUCCCCCAUCGCCGAUCCCAAGCUCCCAACACCAUCCGAACAAGAUCAAAAUCAGAAGGCAAUCACCGCAUCUGCUAAAUCGUCGCCCAAAUCAGACGCAGACGCCUCAAUGGAUGUCUCGGAAGACGAAGCCGAAACCGAAACCGAGACCAAAGCCGAAAAAGAACUCAACGCGCGCAAGGAGAAGGAGUUGCAACGCCUGCAUAAAAUGGGUAUUCCCGUGCCCGGAGUGCAGAUCAAGUUGGAUGAGAAGAUGGAGGCGAAGGUGUGGUUGGAGAAUUUGGAGGUGGAGAGCGCGAAUAAGAUCUUUAGGGAGAGGGUGAGGGCUGUGGUGGAGCGGGCGGUGGAGGUUGUUGCGCCUCUUUGGGGGUGA